AUGCAUCAAGUCCGAUUUUAUCAAUCACGGAUGUUUAUUGCAGUCACAUAAACAUUGCUCCUUUUUAGCCAGCAAAAAAAAAAAGAAGGAAAAAAAAGCCAUAUUGUCCUGAUGAGCAACACUGGCAUUCAUUUAUUCCCUUUCGGCAUUGAUCGUGAAGGUCCCAUUAACACCAAGGAGUACUUUAGUGUUGAGAAAAAUAAUGAUCAGCUUGAAACAAUCAUGUUGGGUAGAAAAUUAAUAGGAACGCCUGUUCAAUUGACCAACAAUACAAUUGGAAACGUUUGGGAGAAGAAACUUUCUGACGACUACGACGAUAUCAACAAUGAGGAUGAUGAGACAGAGGAAAAAUCCACUUGGAUCAAAUCUGAUAAAACCAUCGAAGAAUUCGUUUUGUGGAAAAAGGAUACGGCACCAAACCCACAGGAUCCUAGAAUCAAUAGUCUUCAUAGUUGGCUGGAUAUUUCACAAACGAUCCAUGAGCCCAUUCCUUUACCCACAACCAGCGUAUAAAUAUGUCAACUAUUUUUUAUUAUUACUACUACUUAUGCAGUUGUGGAAUAUUUAUCAAGUCGAAUAUCCAAAUGACGUCCACCAUACACAUAACCAUGGAAUUUUUCUAAAGGUUGCAUCAAUAUAAAUAAAUAUCUCUUUCAUUACACACUUACCAAUCGCCCUCUCACAAGUCA